AAUGCUGAUUAGUGAGUUUACCAUUGACUUACGUUGGGUUCGCGGUCGCGCAGCGAGCGUCUGCGGUGACACCAGAGCAAUGUUAAACUGUACUCCUCCGAUAUUUACUGUGCCGUGCUGUACCGCUACAGGCACGUUGCUUUGGAAGGUGAUAUUGGCCGUUAAAGCCGGCGGUGAACCGCGACCCACGGAACAGGCAGUACACCAGUGAAGGAGCAGUAUCCAUACGUUCCACACAACAGCGACCCCUGCUACCCACAUUCUCGUCACAGAUCUUACGCUCCACCACACUGGUUCAAGGUCAACAUUUUCUGGGUUAUCCAGGCAUACCGACCUGUUAAAGUUCUCUUAUCGUUAUUUCCUGACUCACCAAAGGUACAGUGUAUGAACUCGGGGUGUCUGCGGCCCACGCGAGACUGACCGACUUAGAAAAUUUCGGUACCAUGAACGCGCAUAUAAGGCAAUCAUCGCAAACUAGUUGAUGAGUUGAUGCCAGAUGGUUCUUAGCUAGGAAUGUCAUGUUAACGCCCGUACCAACAUGGGCUGCCCUGAUGGGGAGAAUGAAAACAUUCAUGAUAUUAUAUGAAAAAGUUAAGUUUCCAUACUCAAAAAUUCCGUCAGCAAAAAGUUCGGUCAGGUUUUCAGUUUUCACUGAUUUGAGAGAGCGUUCAUCUACUAAAUAUGCAAGUGUAAAUAAGUACAAGUACUGCAGUCAUACACAGUGCAUUGCUGUUGUAAGGACACCGCCCGUAUUUACUCGUGCACACGCCGGAGUGGACACCAAAAGUGAAUAAGUUGUCGAUUAGCAACUUGAAGUCGGAUCGCUGGUGCACCGCGUCUGGUGCUACCCGCACCAGCUGCUCUCGUUCAGCUAUCUCUGUAAGUGUACAGUAACUUUUUAGCGCUGCAGCUUUAUUCUCUUCGUAAUUCGCUUGCGGUGCAGUCUCUACCGUACACGGAACAGCAAGUCCUCAGAACUUUGGGAUUGACGUUGGAACAGCAAGAGUAAUAAAAUAAUGACUUUACCUUGUGCUGCUGGAUUAUCCUACCUGGAUCAGUUGACGAAGCAGGAUCAUCGCAAAGCCCAUCAGUUCUGCUACGCCAACCAUGAACCAUACGCCCUGCCACCCGGAGCAACGGCGCACAAACCAACCCAGUCUACUGGCUACACAGACUACUCUACCGCCUCCUCCGCGUUCUCGACCCUAACCGCACCCAGUCCCUGGGAGUACCUUUCAGGUGCCGUCUUCCACUUUGGCACCUAUGUCUACGAGGAUUUGGUACACGGACGGUUGGACGAGAAGCUGCGCAUCCGACUGUUCCAGUUGGCCUUUCACCUGGAGGACGACACCAUCGCCAUUACGGAACAAAUACCUAACAGUCCCCACCUUUACGACAAGAAGUUCCUGCGCCGUCAGCGAGUUCCCAAGACCGAUAACCCCGCCAAACACCUGACGCUCUAUGACCUGAACGUUGGUCAGCCGGUGGUGAUCUACGGCCGACAGCAUAUGUUUUACAAAUGCGACGAUUACACCCGCGCCACCAUGACGCAUAUGGGCUUCGAGGUCCCCGAUGAUCUCCCGGCACCGGUUAGCCAGUUCGCCAUUGCCAAUAACGCGAACAAAGGAAUGGUAGAGACGCUGCACCGACAUAUCAAUCCCGACUUCCAGUUCGCCCACUUCCUGAAAAAUGACGGGAAGGUACUGCGGUUUUACGCAGUGCAUGAUGACCGGCAGGCCAUGUACGGGGACCGCCAUUGCCUGUUGAUUCACUAUUACCUCGGGGAUCAGACGAUGGAAGUGCUGAAGAGUGUGGCAGGUGCCAAUGGGAAGCCACGCUGGGUGCCCUUCGUGCGCCGCGGCAAAAUCCCCAAGCGAACCCAUGAUUUGGACAAACUGCAUGCCGGUUCGCCAUGGCCGGUACUAAAGACUAUGCCCCAUCCGAAGCAGCCCAUCAAAGAUUAUCAUCUGUUUGAUCAAGCUCAGUUGCCAGAUAAGGUGGAAGUAUAUACGGAAAAGGACCUGGGUUGUGGUCAGUCGAUCUGGGUCUUUGGUCGGUUACUCUUCAUGCACGAUUGUGACGGCUACACCAAAUGGUAUUACAAGACCCAUUACGGGAAAAUAAUGGAGCCCAUUGACAUAAGCGAACCAGCAGAUCCAGUUCCCGAGAUCACUGUGCCGCCGCAUAACGGGUUCGGACUGCAGGAAGACUCGGUUCAGAAUGUGUACCGCUUGAUACCUAAAACAUUGGUUAACGACGCCAGAAAAUAUCUCGCUAUCGAUCGCGAUCCUGAGGAUCCAAUAUGGCUGACUUUUCGGUUACGCGCCCUCACCGAGGAUCCAAUCGCGGCGGAGCGUGCGUACAUUAUGAAGUACCAUCUCAAUGACAACAGCAUUUCCAUCAAUUCUCCACAGUAUGAUUGGCACGGGAAGUUUUUGGAAAAGAAGCACGUCAGCAAAGGCAGUGACCAGAACUCGUCGUUACCCGAGUACAUCCAACCGGAAGACCUAUACGUCGGUGGAGUAGUUCAGCUGCGAGAACAGUGCUACGUGAUUGCCGAGGCCGACGAAGCCACAUUGAAGUUUAUGGAGAAGCAUCCCAAACAAUUCCCAAUGUCCAAUAUGGAGAUUGUUAUGAAGAAGUACCAGGAUCUGCUGCGAUCACAGCAAGAUGCAUGUCAUCGGCUGCAGCAAAAGUUCUCGAGCGAAGCGGUUCAAAAUGGGACAGCAUCUAACGAACUUUUCGUUUCGACAUUGAUGGAGAUCACCGGCAACGCCUUAACCCCCCACGAAUACACCACCAUCCUUCGUGCCUAUCAAAUCCACCCGCACAUUCCGUUGGACACUCGCCGCGACGUGUACCGAGCGUUUUUACAGCGUGCCAUGAAGCGUGAGAUGUACGAGCCGAAACACCGGCUGCUUGUAGCCUGUCAGAAACUGGACGUCAGCAAUAGUGGAUACAUUUCCCGGGAGGAGAUGGUGCGCGCCGGUCGGGCCACAAAAAUCCCGGUGGCCGGCGGUGUGUGGGAGGAUUUUGUCGAGCUUGUCGUGGAAGACCGGGGCGUUCCUUAUCGGAAGGAAGUGGAUGGGCUGAAUUGGGUGCGAAACCCGGUGAUCCAUUGUCCUGUUCCUGAUACGAUGGAUGCCGGUUUUGACUUCAAUCGAUUUUUCGGUUUGAAGAGCACCACAGUUCGUUACAAAGAUUUCUUGAGAGAUUUAGGAUGUGAACGUACCAGUGUAUCUGCCAGGCCGUUCUAAAUCUAAAAAGCAUGUUAUCCUUUUAUUUAUAAACUGAAAUCUUUGGAAUUCUGCACGUGCGCAGUAACAAUUUUGAUUAGCUUUUUCACUGUGUAAAUAUCACUUUGAUUGAGAUAAUUAUUAAAGACCACAUCAACAUGUUUCUUAACACUCGACCUGU